GAACGCAGUUGCAUGUUAGCUGUACUACUUAGAAGGCGUAUCUUAGCUUGCCGGUUUUGCAAGAACAAAACGCGGUUUUUAGUUAUUGAAGUGACGUGUUUAAUAGUUUCGUGAGGAACAUGGGAUAUUUCUAAGGGCUAUUCACAAUCCCAGAGUACCCGGAGCUGGAGGCGCGAGGCAUGUGGUCCACUGUCCUAGACACGCUCCUGACGACUUUGCGGUUCCUCGCCCCGGCCACACUACUCACCAUCUUUUGGACUCAUCAUACCUUCUUCUUUGAUAUCUUGAAGUACAUUGAUUCGGCGUUCCGAACAGUUAUAUUUUCGAAUGAGGACAAAAAGAAAGAGGUUAUACAAUGGCUGUCAGAGGUCGGACCAAUUCGUAUAGAGGAACUGGACACAGUUUGGCAUCACGGGUGGAUAGUGUGUGGGGCAUUGGAUGCUGCUCUCCCUGGCGCCUGCGCAGGUCAUCCACCUACACGUCUUUCGUUGAAGCAUGCGCAGUCAAUAGCUGACCAUUAUCUUGGUGUUGAACCGAUGUUCACUCGACAAGAACUUGAUGCGAACGACUCAUUGAGUAAACACGAAGAAUGGAAACUUGUCGCGUUCUUAGACAAAGUUCGCCUUGGCAUAGCAAAAUUAUCGCCACCGCCACCUACGAAUAAAACCAAACCAGUAACUCCAGUCUCUAAGCCUACACAGUUUAGCCUCGACUACAUCGCAAGGGGUUCAGGACUUACAGCAGCUCAAGUCAAUAACAAAAUGUUCUUCAAAAUAUAUCCAACUGCCCAGCAGUCUCUCGACCCAGGGGAAAUUACGAUUCAAAUAAGAGGUCCUAAGAAAGUUUACGGUCUGACUACAUUGCCUCCGAUUUUAGGUAAAGCCCAGAUGAUUCGCCAAACAUUACUCGGUGCCCAAGCUAAGCCUAGUAAUUACACCGAAAACGCCCUCCCCGUCACACAUGGAACAGCCUACUUACGAAACUAUGGAAAUAACGACAUGAAAAAAACCUAUUACAUACCAAAAACAAAUUACGAUAUAAAUAUUACCGUGGAAAAUAAUCGAGACUUCACGAAAAUUGGAUAUACGGUACCAACAGAAGGGAAAUAUGAAAUAACUAUAACGAGCCGAGAUGAAAAUAUAGUGAGUUCUCCAUUUAUUGUUACUGCUUCAAAGAAUAUUGUUGAUAACUUGGAGAAAGAUAGUUUUAACUUAGAGGACGGUGAAGAAAUAGAUAUUGUUGACGUUAAAACUGAUAGAAAAGUAGUCCUUCGCAUUGUAGAUUUUGUAAGCGAAAAGAUGUUAUUAAAAGAAAAUGGAGCUUUGGAAAAAAUAUCUGAUGAUGAAGCAAGGAAUUUAAUGGAGCUUAAUAACAUCGAAACUACGCCAAAUGAUUCGUUAAAUGAGGAGACAAAAAUUAAUGAUAAUGAAGACAAUAUUUUACCAACAACAAAAUCUGAAAAAUUUUACUCCGUCGCAAAUAAAGUUUUGAAAAUGAACCGAGUUUGUUAUGCGUUACAGGAAAAAAAUAAAAACAAACAGCACCUAAAACCUACUAUAUCAGAAACAAAAGCUCAUGGUGCUGUACCUGAUGUCGUAAAUUCUACGUUUGAGAAAAACAUUCCGCCAAAUUUGUAUGAAAGAGAAAAGAUAAUAAUACCUGAAAGUAUAUCCGUCUCCCUAAUGAUGGAUAAGCCUCACCUGACUGAUUCUGAUAAACUAAUAUCAAGCUCGAAAAAUAGAAAUAUGGAAAACGAGACCAACAAAUUGUACAACCAAAAUCUUCAAAGUUGCAAAAUACUUCAAGAUCUAUUUGAAGAUGACUCACAAUCUAUAGAUACAGUUCAGUCGACAAACAACCCCUUUUUGAGUGAUAUGUACGAUACAACGUUCACUGAGAAAGAAUUUGGAUCAUUUAUAACAAGUGAAUACGAAGCUAAUAAUUCACAAAAUGAAGAGUGUCAUUCAUUCUCUAAUCCUUUUAUAAAUUUUGAUCACACCGAUAAAGAAGCCGAACAACAUCUGGGCCCAUUUAGUUCAAACUUCGAAGAAGGAAGUAUUCAGACGGAUCUUGUAUCAAUAUGUACAGAUGAUAUUCUCGACCGCAUUGAAAUAAUUGAUAAUGAGUAUACAAAUCCUUUUAUAACAACUGAACAAGCUGAGAAAACACUUGAAAAUACACCUGUAACUGAUUUUAUAAUAGGAGCACCUGUAUCUUUACCAUCAAUUGUCGGUAAUUCCAUUAAAGAAACAAAUGACAAUGAGAUCAAUUUCCACGAGAGUUUUAACUUUAGAAAAGACAAUGAAAAUGUGUCGUUUUUGUCUUCACAUGAAAGUUUGGAACAAAAAGAGGAUCCUCCAGUAAUAUCUCCUUUUCAUAGUUUAGGAUCCGAUACAUACAAUUUCCUUAGUCAGGGCAAUUUACAGCGAAGUAGAAAUAUCUCACCAAAAGAUCUUUGGGAUUCUGCAUAUGUUAGUAUCGACGAUAGCGCAAGCUCCACGGAUAAUAACUACAAUCAUAAUGAUCGCUGUGUCUCAGAAACAUUUGUAAAAAGUAAUUAUCUUAAUAACGAUUUGGUUGACAUUGCUGGCGUGAAAAGCGGAGACACAUGGAGUAGUUGUGAACAACCAGAGGAAAACUUAGGUCAUGAUGAUUUGAGGGGUCUAAAAUGGGAAUUUAAACGUCAGGUUUUUACGCCAAUCAUAGAGGAAAACGAGAAAAGCAUUACUUGCGGAACAAAGGAUAACAUAUUUGAAACUGAUACAGUAUCACGAGCAUUUGCUGAACUGAAUGAAAUUUAUGAUGAUAUUUUCCCUAAGCCAGAUGAGUCUUCAGUGAAUGAAGGCAGUGUAGUACAAAACCUUGAAGAUGACUAUAUUAUAGAAAAUAAUGAUAUCCGCGUCGAUUCAGCGUCUGAAAAUUUAUCAGAUGUGAAAAGACUUGCGGCGGAAAUAGAAGGAUCGAUUUCUGAGGUUCAGGCAAAUGAUACUGAAUCAGGUUCAGCAAGUCGUAGCCUUGAUGGUGAGACGAAAGAAAGCUUUAAAAAGGAUAAAACAGAGUUUGGUGACGCAGUUUACUCUAAUAUUGUUUUAGAGAAGAAAAUGUAUUGGGACGAAAAGAUUCGACUUAUAGAAGCGAAAAACAUGGAGGAAUUUAAACUUCAACAGAAAAGAAAACGUUUGUCGGCUAAGCAUUUCCGUCAUAAUGAUUCUUUAAGCAAACGAAAAGGCAAACAAAUUAUUAGAAACUUUUUAAAUUCACCUAGCUCUUCCCCACAGUCAAGAGCUCCAAGAGAAGAUGAAAAUCAACUAGACGAAAAAUCAUCGGAUUUAAAUAUGUCUACAAACAAUUCGGCAUGCUCAUCAAAUACGAUUAAAUUGGUAAAAAAAUGGAAGUCAUUUUGGGACGAAAAACUUGAAGAUGAAUAUGAAGAAAAGCCUCAAGAUAUUAGCCGAAAAUCUUUGAAAAGUGCAAAUAAUUCAGUUGAAAUAGUCCAAGAGAUAAAAAGCCCAACUACAUUCGCUACGAUUGAAACAGAGAUGAAGAAAGAUAGUGAAACUGAACCUGAAAACCCACUAACUCCCACGAAACAUGAACUACCAGAAGAAGUAUUUAAAGCAUUUGAAACAUGCCCAAAAAGAUUUUUUGGUACUUCAAGAAAACACAUAUUAAAUAAAAUCGACAGCUUUUUAGGAAAACCCUCUAUCGAACAUACUCCUAAGCCUGAAUGUAGCAACUUUAAUCACGAAACUGGCUUAGUUUCUAGUCGAAUUUCAAUGUUUCAUAAUAUUUCUCAUACGGAAGACAUACCUCGGAAAAGGAAAGGACCCACACCGAAAUUAUGUAAUAUAAUAAAAUCCGUAAAAUUAAACGAUACAAAAGAUAAUAGUGAAAGUAUUCUAGAAACAAGUAACCAACGGCCAUGCUAUAGUGAUGAACCUAGCAGCGUAUUCAAUGAUGGGGAAAAUGAAACAUCAUUCACGAUAGAACUUUCUUUGAAAGAUAUAGACAACAAAAUCGUAACUGCGGAAGUUGAAACUAGUAAAGAAAUGGAAAAUAAAUGUCAGUCAGAUAUAACGAAAACUGUCACAGCAGGCAAAGAAGGUAACGACAUUAACAAGGAAAGACUUUCAUCAAUACCUGAUGAUAUUCAAAACAAAGAUAUUGUUGAAACAAAUGAGCGCAGUCAUAUGAAAUGCCGAAAGUUAAAAACAUUCAGUAAGUCUGAAAUGGAUUUAUUCAGCAAAACUUGUAGCAGUGAUGGAAGCGAUGAUUUUGACAGACAUAAAUCCGUUGAAGACUUACCGAAAAUUAAUGUCAAAAACUUUAUAUCUUUAUAUGAAGACGUGACAAAAUCAACACAAUCGACUUUAACAAAAAAUGAUGCAAAACCAUUUACAAGUCGUACACCUUUGUACAACUCGAGUUCGAGUCCAGGAACUCCAUGUAAAUCUUACCAAAAUCCUUCAGCUUCAAAGCAUAUCAUUAAAAGCUACUCAGAAUUAAAACCAGAAGAUUCUUUAGAGACCGACAAGAUUGUGGAAACACGAUGCAGUUCUGUCCUAAGUGAAACAGAGUCAGCGCCAGAAACCGAUAAAAAAUACCUGAGCUUAUCAGACAUCGAGUUGGAGAUUGUUGAUAAAAAUCCAGAUAUAGAACCACGUAAAGACAAAAAGCCUGAUGAAAUCUCUCAAGUUGACUAUAAAAGUCGUUUUAAAAUGGCCAAACAGUAUUUUCAGUCAUUAGAGGAAUUAAGGGAUGUAAAAAAAGAUAGAAAAUUAAGUGAAUGUAAGAUAGUAUUAAACAAUCAUUCAAUUGAAUCUCUAGAUGAAAAACCGAAAAGAAAAAGUCGAAAAACUAAAUCUAACUCCUUGCCUUCAUCUGAAAUUGCUAAAAUAUGGAAUGAAAUGCAAGCAAAAGGAGAUGAUAAAGAAGAUAAGAAAUUGAUUAAAAUAUCAGAAAAAUUUAAUGUAGAAGAUUUAUUCGAAGAUGUCAUGGAAGGAAGACUGAGCCGGCAGGGCAGUUUACGUGGUAUCCCUCAUAAAAAGGCUGUUUUAGAGGCUUUUAAAUCUAUGGAGAAUUUAUCAGACAGUAAACUUAACUCGUACGACAUGGCUGUAUCACCAUGGAAUUUCUCUCAGCAAAACCAGGCUAAGAAUGCGCAGACGUACCUAAGCGAAUAUCCUUAUUUACCCACAACCGAUCCAUCUAAUUUUCAGCCCAGAUUUGACGCAAGUGCAUCUGGCCUAAUAUCUUAUAAUGAACUUAAGUCUCGACCCAGACGAAAUAGUGUGCCAGACAUAAGACUCAAUCCUUCAUUCACUGAGGAUCUAUAAUUAAUAUUGUGUCAUAAAUGUAUCCCAAAACUGUAGAUGCCAGUUGCGUAGAGCCUUGAUUUUAAAUAUUUCUCAAAAUAACUAUCGAAUAUUAGUGAUGCUGAACAUUUUACAUAACAGUAUUUAUUUGUACCUUAUUCUAAUUUAACGUCGCCAGUUCCUAUAUCUUAAUUAGAUUGAUUCAUUUCAUAACGAGUCGUUGUCUUGAACGAAUUUGUAUUGAGUAAUAGACAAUAGGGUUGAUUCGGACUUGUGUUAAUUUUUUUUUUAUGUAGGAAAUUGGCGUGAACUUAGCUAAGUUUUAUUUUUGUGUUGCAAUAUUAUUUUCAAUUUUGUUAUUUUUAUACAUUUAAGACAUUUGUACAAUUUGUACAGCCUUUGAAUCUUAUUAUUAUUGGUAAGAACGCAUGUAGUUAUUUAUUCAUAAAUUUGUAAUUAAAUAAAAGAUUUUAUUGAUUAAA